GACCAAACGAACCCUAACUUGGACCGAGAAUACCCACCAUAUCCCCUCUCUCUCUCUCUCUCUCUCCCUCUCUCUCUCUCUCUCUCUCUCUCCAUUGGAUCUCACUCUCUACAUUUUCUUCCUCCUCGCUUCUUCAGGUUGUUUUAUUGAGGAAUCUUUUAAGCUGUUUUGUAAUAUAUGAUAGAGAAGAUGGCGCUGCUACUAGUUUAUUACAGGUUUGAGUGGUUGAUUAUUACCGCAUAGAAGUUAGAACUAAAAACUAGAUAAGUCAAUCUUGACUGUAUGGAAGACUACAAUUUUGUUGUUGGUCAAAUAUUCCCUGAUGUGAAGGCAUUUCGUAAUGCUAUUAAAGAAGCUGCUAUUGCACAACAUUUUGAGCUUCGUAUUAUUAAAAGUGACUUGAUUCGAUACUUUGCUAAGUGUGCCUCUGAUGGCUGUCCAUGGCGGAUUCGUGCUGUCAAGCUCCCAAAUGCCUCGACAUUUAUCAUAAGAAGUCUUGAAGGGACACAUACUUGUGGGAGAAAUGCACUCAAUGGACACCACCAGGCUUCUGUUGAUUGGAUUGUGAGUUUUAUAGAAGAAAGAUUACGGGAUAACAUCAAUUAUAAACCAAAAGAUAUUUUACAUGACAUUCAUAAGCAAUAUGGUAUAACUAUACCAUAUAAGCAAGCUUGGCGUGCAAAGGAACGGGGCCUUGCAGCAAUAUAUGGCUCUUCUGAAGAAGGAUUUUACCUACUUCCUUCAUACUGUGAAGAAAUAAAGAAAACAAAUCCCGGAAGUGUUGCAGAGGUGUUUACCACUGGUGCAGAUAACCGUUUUCAGAGACUUUUUGUUUCCUUUUAUGCAUCAAUUCAUGGCUUUGUUAAUGGUUGUUUUCCCAUUGUUUCUCUUGGUGGAAUCCAGCUGAAAAGCAAAUACCUUAGCACAUUCCUUUCAGCAACUUCUUUUGAUGCUGAUGGUGGGUUGUUUCCACUUGCUUUCGCUGUUGUCGAUGUAGAAAAUGAUGAAAGCUGGACAUGGUUCCUGUCUGAGUUGCAUAAGGCACUAGAGGUGAAUAUUGAGUGCAAUCCAGAAAUUAUAUUUUUAUCAGAUGGGCAAAAGGGUAUUGUGGAUGCAAUAAGAAGGAAGUUCCCAAAAUCUUCCCAUGCAUUCUGCAUGCGCCACUUAAGUGAAUGCAUUAGCAAAGAAUUCAAGAACGCUAGGCUUAUCCAUCUUCUAUGGAAGGCUGCAUAUGCUACUACAAUUACUGCAUUCAAAGAAAAAAUGGCUCAAAUAGAAGAAGCCUCUCCCGAAGCCACCAAAUGGUUACAGCAAUUUCCUCCUUCCCAGUGGGCCCUAGUAUAUUUUGAAGGGACAAGAUAUGGUCAUUUAUCUUCUAAUAUCGAGGAGUUCAAUAAAUGGAUUCUUGAUGCCCGGGAAUUGCCAAUUAUCCAGGUAAUUGAGCGGAUUCAUGACAAUCUUACAACUGUGUUUGACGACAGGCGUUUGAAAAGCAGUUCAUGGUGUUCUGUGCUUGCUCCAUCUGCUGAGAGGCGAAUGGUUGAAGCCGUUAAUUACGCAUCCACAUAUCAAGUGCUUAGAUCGGAUGAGGUAGAGUUCGAGGUUAUUUCAGCCGAUCGAUCCGAUAUUGUAAAUAUUGGCAGCCGUAGCUGCUCCUGUCGUGAUUGGCAGCUAUAUGGGAUACCGUGUUCCCAUGCCAUUGCUGCUCUUAUCUCAUGCCGUAAGGAUGUCUAUGCAUAUACUGCAAAGUGUUUUACUGUUGCAAGUUACAGGGAUACCUAUGCAGAGGAAUUACACCCUGUCCCUAGAAAACUUGAAUGGAGGAGAACAGAUGAAUCUGUUUUGGAUAAUGAUAUUGCAGUUGUGCGACCGCCAAAAUUUCGCCGACCUCCAGGGCGCCCGGAAAAUAAACGAAUUUGUGUGGAGGACCAUAAUCGCGACAAACAUACAGUGCAUUGUAGUCGCUGCAAUCAAACUGGACAUUACAAGACAACAUGCAAAGCAGAGAUGAUUAAUAGUAUAGAACAGUUUUAGUUUUCUGGUUUUGCACUGUAGUAAUUUAACUAAAGAUAAAGUCAACUAAAUAGUAUCUAGAAACCCAAUGUUUAGGACACACAUGUUAUUCAGAUAAUGGAAGAUAUGUAUAAAUCGCUGUAUUAAAUCCGCUGGUGUAAUAGAAAUGAAGUUUUUGACAUUA